CCGGAAGUUCCUGGAUCGUGUAUGUGAAGACGGCGUCACCUUGGGUUUGAGCAGCUUUCUGCACCCGGGUAUCAAAGGACUGGUGAGAGAAAAUGGCCAAGAACAAACUAAGAGGGCAGAAGUCUAGGAAUGUAUUUCACAUAGCCAGCCAAAAAAACUUUAAGAAUAAAAAUAAAGCAAAACCAGUUACCACAAAUCUUAAGAAGAUAAACAUUGUGAAUGAUGAAAAAGUUAACAGAGUAAAUAAAGCUUUUGUAGAUAUACAAAAGGAACUUGCAAACUUCUCAAGAGGCCUUUCCCUUGAACCUCUGCAGAAACAGCUGCUUCCUCAGCAGCAUCAUGAAAACAAACCAGUUAAUGUUGACGAGGCUACAAGAUUAAUGGCUCAGUUGUAAUAGAGUGGUGAUGCAUCAAAUUCCCAAAAAAAGAUCAAUAAAUUAAAUGUUUUAUACAAC